GCUUUGUCCCGGGUCUCGGUCCUGGCGAUGGAGGCUCCAGAAGCAGUGUCCGAAAGCAACGCGAAUAAGGUACAGAUUACCGGCAGGUUGGUUGUUGAUAGGGAAGACGUAUAUCCGGCCUCAGGGAACAAAGCUACAAGCAUAUCGUUCACCAACUGGCGGGUUGACAUUGAGUGCAGAUCCAACCUCAACUGAGGAGCUACUUAGGGAUACAUAUAUAAUCUGGUCGGAAUAGCGGUGCCUGACGGGCCGGUCCCAGUCCACCGCACCUUGACUACACCUCAAUUCCGAGUCGUUGUCAUCUUUCCAACUUGUUGAUGUUCUACUGUCAGCUCUCUCGUCCUCUCAGAACCACCAUCCCUCGCACCACUCGGUAAUCCGUCAAGAUGUCUGCUCCAUUACCGCCCAAUGUCCAUGUCUCCCAGCAUCCGUGUCUUCUCGCAAAGCUCAGCCAGCUGCGGUCACACAGCACGCCGGCGAGGGAGGUCAAGACGCUGAUACACGACAUUGCCUUGAUCGUGGGCUGUGAAGCGCUCGGAAAGGUGCUCACUUCUAAUCCCGGGCCCACGGACAAAACCCCUCUUGGUUUCGAGUACCAGACGUCCGAAAUCCUCCCAGCAAGCAUUUCCUUGGUGCCCAUCCUACGGUCCGGCUUGGGCAUGGUGGAAGCAAUCCAAACCCUCCUUCCCUCCCCCGUCCCAGUCCACCACCUCGGCCUGUACCGCGAGCCCGAAACCCUCCACCCGGUAGAAUACUACAACAACCUGCCGAACCACAUCUCGGUGGGCGGCUCAACCGCCUGCAGCUUGGCUAUCAUCCUUGACCCGGUCAUCGCUACGGGCGGGACCUGUAUGGCCGCCAUUGAGACGUUGCGCCAAUGGGGCGCCGAGCGCAUCAUCGUGCUGGCCGUGGUGGGCGCUGACAAGGGCGUCCGUGAGGCCGCUGCCUCGUGGCCCGACGGGGUUGAGGUCUGGGUGGCUGCUGUUGAUGAGGAACUGACAACGCAUGGAAUGCUGAACCCUGGUCUCGGGGAUGUCGGGGAUAGGCUGUUCUUGACCAUCGGGAAGUGAACAAGUUUGUAUGCGUGGGGUCAGGAUAUACCCGGAGAAGGGGCAUCUAUGGGAGGAAAAUAUGGCGCCCUGCUGCCACCUGAUGGUAUUUGAAAAUUGCCCAGAGCAUGAAUGGAAUAUCUUUGGAUUGGAUAAUCAGAUUGAUGCGGUGGAAUACAUCAUGAACUAGACGCGAAGGGUAUCCAUACAUUCUGCAAGUCGUAAUACAGGAAUCAUGGCUGGUCGCUAACU